GGAGGAGGCUCGCACCCCGCAUCCCGCACCCCGCACCCCGCACCCCGCACCCCGCAUCCCGCACCCCGCAUCCCGCCGUGGAGCCCGAGGGGAGAGAGGAGCACCGAGUGCGGCAGCGGCUGCCGGCAUUCGCUGGGGUGGGCAGGCAACCAGAGACAGGAGUCGCACCGGCGGCUGGGAACGGGGAAUCCGCUCCGCGGAAACCUCGGGGUCAGAGAUACCUGGCUCAAAGGGGUUUUGAGGGGAAGGGGAAAUUGAAUGUAGGCGCGUUUUGGUAGUUUUGCUGAAAUAAUCAAGUGCCGAAGGCAGAUCUUAGGCAGAUCAGGUAGAGGGAUGGAUCCCGCUGUUUUGGAUGCCGGCUUGAAUUUUUUGUUUACUUUUCUGUUUUGACCACUGCUAAAUGUGGAUUUUGCGAGCGAACCCGAUGGCGGUUGUUCCAUUGUUCCUUGUUUGAACGUAAAUCUUAGUCUUGCCGCUUGUGGAUUUAUUUAUUUAUUUAUUUAUUUAUUUUUGGAAAGGACCAUUCCAGGUAGCUUUUGCGUCUGACAAAAUGAAGCCUUUGUAUUUUUCAGUCAAUUAUACCUAAUAUUGACAUUCUGUUUGGUGCAAGAGACUUAAAGUGCUGCCUCACUCAGAGGACCAUUAAAGACUUUCUCGGUCUCUACAUGUAGCUGAAUGUGUUACGACACAUCCUUUCUCCCCCACCAAAUCUUCCUAAAGAUUUUUCCAAAAUGAAGAAAUUUAAUUUUCGCAAAGUUUUGGAUGGUUUAACUGCCGCAUCCCCUGUUGGAAGCAGUAGCGGUGGCAGUGGAAGUGGGGCUGGUGGCUCCGUGCACCCAGGAGGGACUGCGGGAGCUGCAGGGACACCCAGAGAGGAGAUCCAGGAGACGCUCACUUCAGAUUAUUUUCAAAUCUGCAAGACGGUUCGCCAUGGAUUUCCUUACCUACCCACUGCCUUAGCUUUUGACCCAGUUCAGAAAAUUCUGGCAAUUGGAACAAGAACAGGAGCCAUACGAAUAUUGGGCAGGCCUGGUGUUGAUUGCUACUGCCAACAUGAAAGUGGUGCUGCAGUUCUGCAGCUCCAGUUCUUAAUCAAUGAGGGUGCUUUGGUCAGUGCGUGUGCAGAUGAUGCACUUCAUUUGUGGAAUCUCCGACAGAAACGACCAGCUAUUCUACAUUCUCUGAAAUUUAACAGAGAAAGGAUUACUUACUGCCAUCUACCUUUCCAGAGUAAAUGGCUUUAUGUUGGAACAGAGAGAGGAAAUACACACAUUGUAAAUAUUGAGUCCUUCAUUCUUUCUGGAUAUGUUAUCAUGUGGAACAAGGCAAUAGAACUAUCCACCAAGACUCACCCUGGCCCAGUUGUACAUUUAAGUGACAGCCCAAGAGAUGAAGGAAAACUGUUGAUAGGCUAUGAAAAUGGGACCAUCGUGUUCUGGGACCUGCGAUCUAAAAGAGCCGAUCUGAGAGCUUAUUAUGAUGAGGCUAUUCAUUCUGUUGCUUGGCAUCAUGAAGGGAAACAGUUUAUGUGCAGUCACUCUGAUGGCAGCUUGACCCUAUGGAAUCUGAAAAGCCCCAACAGACCAUUCCAGACCACAAUUCCACAUGGAAAAGUCCAAAGAGAUGGAAAAAAACCUGAAUCUUGUAAACCAAUUCUUAAAGUAGAGUACAAGACCUGUAAAAACAGUGAACCAUUUGUGAUAUUUUCUGGUGGAUUGUCCUAUGAUAAGCCUUGUCGAAGACCAAGCUUAACAAUCAUGCAUGGGAAAGCAAUUACAGUUCUUGAAAUGGAUCAUCCUAUAGUUGAUUUUUUAACUCUUUGUGAAACCCCAUAUCCAAAUGAAUUUCAAGAACCCUAUGCUGUAGUUGUGCUUUUGGAAAAAGAUCUCAUUGUCGUUGACCUGACACAAAGCAAUUUUCCAAUCUUUGAAAAUCCAUAUCCUAUUGACAUUCAUGAGUCACCUGUUACCUGCACAGAAUAUUUUGCGGACUGUCCUCCAGAUUUGAUCCCUGUACUCUAUUCUGUAGGAGCAAAACAUAAAAAGCAAGGAUACAGCAAUAAGGAGUGGCCUAUCAGUGGUGGAGCAUGGAACCUUGGAGCUCAGACAUAUCCUGAAAUCAUUAUUACAGGCCAUGCAGAUGGAUCAGUAAAAUUUUGGGAUGCUUCUGCCAUUACUCUACAGAUGUUGUACAAACUAAAAACAUCAAAGGUCUUUGAAAAACAGAAAGUGGGAGAAGGAAAAGCAACAGCUGAGAUUGUGGAAGAAGAUCCUUUUGCUGUUCAGAUGAUGUACUGGUGUCCUGAAAGCAGAAUUUUCUGUGUGGCAGGAGUUUCUGCAUAUGUGAUUGUUUAUAGGUUCAGCAAACAUGAAGUAAAUACUGAAAUUGCAUCAUUAGAGGUACGACUUCAGUGCGAAGUAGAAGACAUCAUUACUCCUGAACCAGAAACAAAUCCUCCAUUUCCAGAUGCCUCCUCCCAGCUUCCUUCUUUAAAAAGCCUUUCAGGCAGUACCAACACUGUAGCAUGUGAAGGAACGAUGAAGGACAGUAUCCCAUGUCUUAGCGUUAAGGCUCGGCCUGUGCGGAUGCCUCCUGGCUACCAGGCAGAUCUGGUUAUCCAGUUGGUGUGGGUGGAUGGUGAGCCUCCACAACAGAUUACCAGCCUUGCUGUAAACUCUGCUUACGGACUAGUGGCGUUUGGGAACUGCAAUGGUUUGGCAGUCGUGGAUUUCAUGCAGAAAACAGUCCUGCUGAGCAUGGGCACCCUCGACCUCUAUGGAUCCAGUGAUCCGUACCAGCGGCAGCCCCGCUCGCCCCGCAAGAGCAGGCAGUUUGCUGCAGACAACUUUUGCAUGCGUGGCCUGUCUAACUUUUAUCCAGAUUUAACGAAACGGAUCCGUACUUCCUAUCAGAGCCUGACUGAACUCAGUGACAGUCCAGUUUCCCUGGAGCUUGAGCGUUGCAAGUCUCCCACUUCAGUUAAAGGAUCAAGAAAGUUAAGUCUGCCAACAGAUCUUAAGACUGAUCUUGAUCACGUGAAUGGCCACUGCACAAGCCCAACAUCCCAGAGCUGCAGCUCAGGCAAGCGACUUUCCAGUGCAGAUGUGUCGAGAGCAAACCGCCGAGGGCCCGGCAGGCCCCCCUUCAGGAAAGCCCAGUCUGCAGCCUGCAUGGAGAUCUCUCUCCCAGUCACCACAGAAGAAAAUAGGGAAAACUCCUUCAGCCGUUCCCGAAGCUCCAGCGUGUCCAGUAUCGACAGGGACUCGAAGGAGGCAAUCACAGCUUUGUACUUCAUGGAGUCCUUUGCCCGAAAGAACGACUCUGCUGUUUCCUCCUGUCUCUGGGUCGGAACAGGCCUCGGAAUGGUCAUAAUCCUGUCCCUUAAUCUGCCUGCUAGUGACGACUUACGGCAGUCAGAGCCAGUCAUGGUGUCACCAAGUGGCACCGUGCUGACACUGAAGGGAGCCGUGCUGACCUUCGCGUGCUUGGACUGCAUGGGGACAUUGACAAAUCAGCCCUAUGAAGUAUGGAGGGAUCCACACAGUGCUGAUGAUGGUGACAAAACAAGGAAAAGGAAACUUGUCAUGCAUUCCCCUUCCUCCUCCCAGGAUAUGGGUGAUCAUCAAUUUGCAGUCAUUUGUUCAGAAAAACAAGCCAAAGUCUUCUCAUUGCCUUCCCAAACAUGUCUUUAUGUCCACAACAUCACCGAAACGUCCUUUUUAUUGCGAGCAGAUGUGGUCACCCUCUGUAACAGCGUCUGUCUGGCGUGCUUUUGUGCUAAUGGGCACAUCAUGACUCUGAGCUUGCCCAGCCUUCGCCCACUGCUGGACAUCAACUAUUUGCCUGUCACAGACAUGAGGAUAGCACGGACCUUUUGUUUCACUAACGAAGGGCAGGCUUUGUACCUGAGCUCUCCCACCGAGAUCCAGCGCCUGACCUACAGCCAGGAGAUGUGUGACAACCUGCAGGACAUGCUUGGGGAUUUGUUUACUCCUGUGGAAACACCAGAAGCCCAAAACAGAGGCUUCCUCAAAGGACUUUUUGGAGGAAGCGGACAAGCUUUUGACAGGGAGGAGCUUUUUGGCGAGGCCACAGCAGGAAAAGCCUCUCGCAGCCUGGCGCAGCACAUCCCUGGAUCCGGCGGGAUCGAAGGCGUGAGAGGAGCCGCAGGUGGGGUCAUUGGGGACCUGACUCGUGCGCGCAUUGCCCUGGACGAGAGGGGACAGAAGCUGGGCGAGCUGGAUGAAAGGACUGCCAGCAUGAUGGCCAGCGCAGAGGCGUUUUCCAAACAUGCACAUGAGGUGAUGCUCAAAUACAAGGACAAAAAGUGGUACCAGUUUUAGACUUUCAAAGAAGCUGCUUGUGGCUUUACUAAGAACACUGUUCAGGGAAGCGACCUUUAUUCCCAGAUCUACCAGUCACUGGCCAGAGACAGUUUUUUUCUCCUAGAAGAUGUUUUCCUGUUACUGUUAUUGGAUUCAUCACAGUGGAUAUCAAGGAGAAGAUUUACAGACCGUGGGAUAGAAGCUGGAAUCAUGAGGGUCUUUCCAACAGCUGACUCUUGGGGUGGCCGACUUUUUUCCAAAAGGAACUCAACCAUCACUGUGGCAUGUAGUUUUGCAGAAGCUGUAGGUAUGAACUGUGGGGAGUGCGUCUGGUUAAAAAUAUUCUGUACAAACUCGAAUGUUAAUGCACUUAUAAAACUUUGCAUGACUAAUUGCCAACUUAAAAAAAAAAAAAAGGAAAAGGAAGCAUGUUGUGACCGAAGAAAAAUGGGAUUUAUUUCUAUUCUGAG